GGCCAUUUGGAAUAUCUAUCGAAUCUCUACUCACGGAAAAGUCGGAAUUUAAGCGCGUUGGGUGUCACAUGGAGCGCAACGAGUCACGCGUAGAGAAUGAACAGCCAAUCAGAAUCGCGCUUAACCUCGUGUGUCACUUCCGUCGCCGUUCUGAUUGGUUCUUCGUCUUCGACGCGUUCAUGCGCCGCGCCCCGUGUGACACCAGCGCGCUCGCUAACCUCUUUUCACACUAGACACUGUGGUUGUGCUGUUAAAUACCUUUUAAUUCUCCACGUAAUUUUUAGAAAAUAUUUUAGACUAAAUAUGAAGAGUAUGUCGACCGUCGUCAUAACGUCAGAUACAGAAAUUCGAAAACUGAAACCUGCACACCUCUAUCAACUUGGGCAAAUUCUGAAUGUCUCCGAUGCCUGGAAAAAACUGAUGGCAAUAGUGCCAAAAAGUGGAUUAGAUUGUACGCCGAAAUUUAAUGGAGAGCACUUCACGAUGAUCGAGCAAGCAGUGCAUCAGCAACGGCGCUGUGGUGCUGAAAUCUUUUUAGAAGAAUGGGGCACCAUGGGAAGAAUAAGACCGACAGUGAAUUUACUCCUCAAACUACUCAUCAAAGCACAAUUAUUUAGAGCUGCAGAUUACAUUGCAGUAGACAUUCUUAAGGGAAAUCCUCCACAAAGACCACAAUAUGGCCCAGCUGCUAUGAUAGAUGUUUCCGAAGAAGCAUUAAUUGAAUUAUUAAGAAAACAAGAAAUACUUAGUAGUGACAAUGAGAUUUGUUCAGCAAAUCAGGAAGUCGCCACCUGUUUUGGAGCAACCUUUGAGCAAAAUUUACAUGACAUGCAAUAUCCUUUUAGUAGUAUCGAGAAUAGAAAUGAUUCACCCAAAAGUUCUUCUGAUAAACUGUCAGAUUUAAUACAGUUUAGCACAAGCAGUAUUUCCGACAAUGAAAAUGUUGAUGUACCUCCUGUAACACGUCCAAACAAAAUUAUCAAUCUCGACGCUUUGUCAACAACUUCUAAACAAACAAAUCUAAUUGUAUUUAGUGCACGUAAUAGUUGUGACAAUGAAGACACAAAUUAUGAGCAAAAUGUUCAUUCCGAUCAGUUCAUUCCAGUUGUGUUGGAUUCAUGUAAUCGAUCUAAAUCUGUUUUAAACGAUACUGAUGGUGACACUCGUAAUGAAAUUAAUGUGGUGCAAGAAAUGAGUACGAAUGAGCUUCCAAUGUUCAUAGCAGAAUUUUCUCCCCCUGGUAUUUCAUUUGAACACCAAUUGGAAUCAACUGAGCUACCUCUUUGUAUUAAUGAAGUAACCAAAUUUGAAUCCUCCAUGUCUAGUUCUGAAGAAAAUGAUUCAUAUGAAACAUCUUCCAGUAGUGCUUCAGACACAAACAGCAAUGUAAUUAUAAAUAACGUUCAAAAUGUUCCCGAAGCUCUCUUGCAAAAUGAUAAAUUAUAUGAUAUUGUUGAAAUGCAUUCUGUUAAGUUGCCACAGUGUGUCAUUGAAUUUGAAAAGAGUGCCAAGACGUAGUGUGUUUUUUUAAAUAGGGCUACUGUAUAUAUUUCAAUUGAUAUCAAAGUUUAA